AUGCUGUAUUCUUUUGUUACAUGUCUCUUUUUUAUUUUUAAUUUAUUUCAUUUAUCUUCUACAUCAAUAACAACAACAGCAUCACCUUUAGUUGCAACAUAUCAUUCUCCAUUAAUAACAAAUUUUCUUGUUUUUACAACAGAUCUAGAAACAGUUAUAAAUUUUGAACCCAAACACGGUUGGAUAUUGAAUGAAGAAAGAAAAUUUCGUGUUUAUUUAAGCGGUAUUAAUCUUCAGAAUAGUUCAAUUGUAUUUUCUUCAUCUGGUGAUGAUUGUAUACCAGAUGAUUAUAUCUCACCAUUUUAUCCAUUAUCAUCAGCACCAAUUAUUACAUUAGAUGUUAAACUUCCAAGCGUAUCAAAAUCUCAUUCCGUUGUAUAUAUUUGUUUAUUGACAUCAUCAAAUAUCUCAUUAUCUUUAUCAAAUAAUAAUACUGAAUUUCAAAAUGCAACAAAAUUAGACAAUGUUUAUUAUACAUUUGUAAGAGAAAAAAAUCGAUUACCAUUUGCAGCUAAAAUAUGUUUAAUUCUUACGUUGUUUAUUAUAUCAGGUUUUUAUAGUGGUCUUAAUUUGGGUUUAAUGUCAAUGAGUGUUAAUGAUUUACGUUUAAUAGCUGAAUCAGAAGAUGCUGCAAUUCGUUACUAUGCUCGACGUGUAUUACCACUAAGAAGACGUGGCAAUUUUUUAUUAUGUUCAAUUGUAUUAGCAAAUGUUUUGGUUAAUUCGUUAGGUACUGUUUUACUUGAUUCACUUGUACAUGGUUUAUUUGCUGUUAUUGGUUCAACAAUAAUGAUUGUAUUAAUGGGUGAAAUCAUUCCUCAAGCUAUUUGUUCUCGUUAUGGUUUAAUUAUUGGUGCACAUACACAUGUUAUAACAUGGGCAUCAAUGAUUAUUAGUUCACCUAUUUCGUAUCCAUUAGGUUUUGUUCUUGAUAAAAUUCUUGGACAAGAAGUUACAGCAUCAUAUACACGUGAUCAAAUAGCUGGAAUGUUAACACGUAUUAGUGCUGAUAUUGAAAAACCAGAACUUGAUGUUAUUACAGGUGUACUUGCAUUACGUAAGAAAACUGUCAAAGAAGCAAUGACAUGGCUACCAGAUGUGUUUAUGGUUGAUAAAGAUCGUAUAACUGAUGCUGAAUUAUUACUUGAAGUUCAUAAACAUGGUUUUUCACGUAUUCCAGUUUAUUCACAAGAAAAAUCAAAUGUUGUUGGUAUUGUUAAAUUACGAGAUUUUGCUUUAAUAACUCCUGAACAAUAUCAUUUAACAGUUAAACAUCUAAUGGAAUUUCAUCUACAUCCAUUUGGUUUUACAAAAACAACAGACUCAUUAUAUAAUUUAAUGCAAGAAUUUCUUAAAUCACGAUGGCAUAUUGCUCUUGUACAAGAAUUACGUAAUGAAGAAGAUAAUGUUGAUCCAUUAUAUGCAACUGUUGGUGUUAUUACACUUGAAGAUGUUCUUGAAGAGAUGCUUCAACGAGAAAUUAUAGAAGAAGCUGACUUCUUCACUGAUAAUCGUCGUAAAAUUCAACGGAAAAGAGCAAAAACAAUGGAUUAUACAGCAUUAGUCAAACGACCUCUCAAAGGUCCAUCAGUAAAUCCUCAAUUAAAAGUUGCUGUCUUUCAAUUUUUAAGUACAAAUGUUCCACAAUUUACGUCAGGUUUUAUUUCUCAGGAAAUCUUAAAAUUACUUCUUAAUUAUAAUAUUUAUGCAAUGAUAAAACGUCAAGUGAAUCAAAAGACAAAUUCAAUUUAUUUAUAUAAAAAAGGUUUUCGUUAUGAAUUAUUUACAUUAGUUAUGCAAGGAAAUGCAAUAUUAGAAUCAGGUGCCGAACAUAUUAUGUCAACUGUUGGGCCAUUUAGUUAUUUUGCUGCAUCAGCAUUACUUGCUGAAAAUAAAACUGUAAAAGAUGUUCAUCAAUUUCUUGAUCGUUUAUUAACUAUAGAUUCUAAAAAUACUAAAAUAACAAAUUUACUUGAUGGAAUAUCAUCGAUAUUUAUUCCCGAUUAUAAUUUAAUUGUAAAUAGUGAAUUACAAGUUUUACAAAUACAUCGUUUAGUUUGGUUAGCAGCUGUUCGAGCAACACAAAGGCAACGUGGAAGUGACACACAUUAUAGACGUAUGCAACCCGAACAGUUAUUAUCCAAUGCACUUGAUGAAAUUGCAUGUGUAACAGAUGUACCAAUUGAUAAAACAAAUUUAACAAAUUUUCAACGUAUAUUUCAUAAUGAAAAUGAUUUAGCAGAAACAGCCGAUGGACUUGGACAGAGAAAUACUCAGACAUCAUCAUCUGUUUUCGAAGUUAUACAUUCAUUACAAGCAGGUGAUUCAAUUGAUACAAAUCAACGAAGAAGUACUAGUCCUAAUGGACAUCUAUCAGAACAACGUACAUCAUCAGUAUCAACAAUUGUUUGUAAUCCACUUCUAUUAAGUAUACCAAAUUAUGAACAAGCAAUUGGAAAUGGAUCUUCGAAUGGAAAUUAUCGCAGUUCGAAUAGUACUUCAACUGGUUUAAUAGAAAGUGGAUUCAACUCAAGCAUGCAUAUCAAUAGAAUGUUUGAUGAUAUACAAGAACCUCCAAUCGACGAAGAAGGCAAUCCAGAAGAAAAUCUGAUUGAUGAAGCUCGCAGUGUAGGCAAUACAUCAAAUAUUACUGACCAACCAACAACAUCUACACCUACAUCACCAUAUUAUCUCUCACAUGCUCGUUCAGAAACAAAUCUUAUAAUAAAUAUUCCAUCUCCUCCUCCACAUGAAUUAUCCAAGAAUACUUCUAAUAAUAGUAAAAAAUCUCUCGAUCAAACAAAACGAUCACAUUCAACUAAAUGUUCACCAUCAUGA